UGUCACAUGAUUUCACAAAAUAAAUAUGGAAGUUUUGCCGUCUUGAGUUGACAGAACGCAUCGUAUGCUACAAUUGUUUUGCUCUGUCUUGUCCAAAACAACACUGUCUUUCGUGUUCGUAAAUUCACUCUGAUCACUAUGCCGAUGUUGUGUGGAGGAGCAGCACCACCAAAGGACGCCACUCCCGAGGUGCAGAAAAUCUGUGAUGAGGUUAAGGCACAGUCAGAGGAGAAAGCUGGGAUGAAGUUCAAUAAGUUCAAGGCAAAGACGUUCACUUCCCAAGUGGUAGCCGGAACCAACUACUUCAUUAAGGUCGAGGUAGACGGAAACAAAUAUGUGCACCUGUGUGUCCAUAAACCACUACCCCAUGAAAACAAGCCAUUAACACUGCUUCGUCAAGAGACAGACAAGCUUGACCAUGAGACAAUUGGUUUCUUCUAACCACCCAAAGUCCCUCUGGAUGCUCAAGAGUACUGUGCCUAGUUCCUGGACUACAAUGUCUCCUAUAUUUCCUCUUCUAUAUUUGUAACUCUUGUAAUUCUGUCAAGCAGUUUUUAAAAACGAGUUGCUAUGUUUUGCCCUCCACAUGUAUUUUUUUACUCACCAUUCAAUUAAAAAAAAUAAUGGAGUGACUUUUUGAGUUAUUUUUGUCAACUAGUAAACAAACUUAAUUUUUUACUUUUGUUAUAAACAUCCUAUGAAUAAAUAAAAAGAAAGGAGUGUAGUGUGGCUCUGUUCAGCUCUCACCAUUCCCAUACUCUUUUCAUUCUUUAACUGCAUCAUUUCCUCCUGUUAUUGUAUGAGAUUUAAUAAAGCAUCAUUUUGAGCA